CCAGCAAAACCCUGGAGAAGAGGAAGAACCCGCGCUCAGCAUUGGCUGAUUUUCGAGCGCACCGGGAGCAGUGCCUCCUGCAGCCUUGGGUCCGGACACGCCCAUUCGGAUAGGAAUUCGGGGGCCAGCGCUGGCCACCUCCUGCGGGGCAGGCUCCACCCUCGAGAGGCAACAAGGCCAACAAGCGGGUUGGGAAAUGUGACCCUGGCGACCCCAAACGCCCCCGCCUCUCUCGCUCACUGCUACACCUGCCCGCGGAGCGCGCGGAGCCGCCGGCAGAGGCGAUGGCUAGCCCUGCGCCCUUAGUGGCCUCCAUCAGCCACCAAAUGGUGGCUCUGCAGACUCUGCAGCUGCUGCAGCAGGAGUGGGGCUGGGGGGACGGUCCGGGCGACCCGGGGAUCCCGCGCGAUCCAGACCACGUGUCCGCUGCCCCAGCGCGUCGCACAGGCCCGCGGAGGGCCCGGCCGGGGCCCGGGCGCGAAGAGGGGGGAGGGCGGCGGGGGGCCAGGAGUGGCGGGUCUGGGGCGCGGGCAAGCUCCCCAGAAGUAGAAGUGGUGCGAGGCGCCGAAGGGGGCGCGGAGCUGCUGCCCUUCCCCAGGGGUCGGGGGCCCUGCACCCUGGCCCAGAUGGCGAUGCGCAGCGCGCUGGCCCGCGUGGUGGACUCGACCUCGGAGCUGGUCAGCGUGGAGCAGACGCUGCUGGGCCCCCUCCAGCAGGAGCGGUCCUUCCCCAUCCAUCUGAAGGAUAGUGUUGAGUUUAGAAACAUCUGCAGUCAUUUGGCUCUACAAAUUCAAGGACAACAGUUUGACAGAGAUUUGAAUGCUGCCCACCAGUGUUUGAAGACAAUAGUCAAGAAGCUGAUUCAGUCACUUGCUAAUCUUCCUUCAGAUGCCCACGUGGUAGCCUGUGCUUCUUUGAGACAGAUCUUACAGAAUCUCCCAGACAUAUGAUGUUCAAGACACCAGAACUAAAACCAUAGCUGGUACUGCCAAGAGAACUGGGUAUCUUACGUUCCUAAUUGAAUCAGCAGACAAUGGAUACUUUUCUCCCCAGCAAGGAGAGACUUGAUGACAUAUACAGCAGUCUGACCAAUGGCGUCUGUACCCUUUAGAUUAUAGCAUGUUGGUGAAAAUUUUUUAAAGCAGUAGUUCACAUUUUUAAGUAUGUUGAGAUAUUUGCUUACUUUUUGAUUGAAAUAUAUUCUACUUUGUGGAACUGAUUGGAUUAUAUAUGUAUAUAUUUACUAAUUCAUAUUAAGUAUUAGUUUUGAUCAAAUGAUAUAUUUAUCUAUACUUAUAUUAAUGUAGGCCUAUGUGGUUUAAUAUGGUUAUUUAAUAUGGUUAUUUAUAUAUGGUUAUAUGAUUAAAGCUUCAUGGUUCUUAAAAUUAUCUUGAAUAAAUAGGAUAUUUGACAAUUGAUAUGUUCUACUUACUGAGGAUUUCAUUUUAUGUUAUGAAAAUCAUCUUUAGAUGUUGUAGGACCACAUGUGUCAGUAAUUAUGAGUUCCAAUGCUGGCAUUAAUAACUUACUGUUGGACAGGAAAAGAAUUGCUUCUAAGCCUUGUGCUUUCAUAUACUGAUUUGUAAAUUUACAAUGAUAAUGAGCUAUGAAGUACCAAGGAUAUAUGAUAUGUAAAUACAAAGUAUAGUAUUAUUAAAGUCUCAUGUGGAAACAUGUAGCUCUUCUUACUGUUUCUAAAUAUUCCAAUUGAAGUAGGAAAUUCUUGUGAAAAACAGGAGGGAGUGGAUACCCUGGCAGGUUUCCCUAAAUAUUUAGAGCUAGGAAAAGAGAGGCUAACUUUUUUUUUUGCACCAGUGAUCUGAACAUGCUUAGGAAAAACUAAAUUUCCUGUUGUUUAAUGAUGACUGUAUUGAGAACCAAAGUAAAUUGCAAUGCUGCCUUUCCCUUAAAAGUUUAAUAGAAAUGACAUCAGAUUUAGAAAAAAAGAGUACACUGUCUACGUGCAGCUUAUUUUCUGAAGGAAUUAAAAACUAGGUCUGUAUGGUGAGAGUAGAUCUGCUUUUAAAAAAUAAAGUGUUAGUAGUAGUCAAAGCCUUUUAAAUUCCACAUAUUCUAAUCCUAGUUGGUUCCAAAAUUUUAUCCCAGGAUAUAAUGAUGAAAGGUAAAUAUAUUCCUUCUCUUUAGAUGUAACUGACCAUUCCAUAGAAGAGAAUUACAUUUAUGGGACUGAAUUCUAAAUGAAAGAUGAAAGGUAUGUGUCUGUGUGUGUGUGUGUG